AUGCCGCCAUGCGUACUUUGUUUACUUAUCUGUUUCAUUCAUGAUCGAUCUAAUGGCGGUCCUGACAUUCCGCUGGCCGUGGUUCCUGUCCACCAGCUUGUCCUUGAUCAUCUCAGGAAGCAUGACCCCGAAGGAAUUUGCAUGGUACCUUGGAAAACGUACACGUUUCGGCAGUUCCUUUGUCACACUAUCUCGUCUGCGAACUAUCUCCAUCACAUAGGUUUGCGAAAGGAAACCGUUGUGGCUUUGGUCCUACCGAACUGUCCGGAGUUCGCCACUUGCCUGUUGGCAAUUUUUGCUGACGGGGGUAUUGCUACAUGUUUAAGUCCCGCUUUUACAACUGGUAAGCUCCAACAAAGUUUCGAUGAUCCUCGCUUCUCAUUUCAGUUCAAGUUUCUCAAACUGUGCUUCUUAUUUAAGGAAAUUAUUACCGUAGACCCAUGCGAUUUUGGCGCAUACGGUGAUAGCAUUCGUCUCUCUGAAAUGGACUUCGAUUUCGGCGGUGAACAACUGUUGGCUUCAGUGUCAUUCGACUGCAAAAAGGACCUCUGCAUAUGUCCGCUUUCCAGCGGUACAACAUUGCAUCCGAAGGCAGUGAAACUCUCGCACUACAAUGUAGCGUCGAUGAUUCAAAGUAUUCGCCUUUUCAGAGCUGAAAAGAUCACCCUGCCGGUAAAAGGCUUCAAUAUUAUCUGCUUUCUACCGUUUUAUCAUAUCUACGGAACGGUCAUAUUUCUCGUUGGACUGUUAAGAGGUUUUGUAAUGAUCACGAUGGAAGAGUUCAAAUCUGAGCUGUUCCUGAACCUUAUUCAAACUUACAAGGUAAUGUGUCAAUUCCUGUUUGUCGUGCCUCCAAUUUUAAACUUUCUGGUUCGACAUCCGUUAGUGAAGAAAUUCGACAUUAGCAGCGUUAAAACGAUCCUCGUUGCUGCGGCACCGUUUGGCAAGGAAGAAUCUGGAUAUUUAGCCUAUGGAUUAACUGAAAUCAGUGGAGCCUCUCACAUAAUGCCCGCAGUUCCAGUGUCUAAGCUGCGCCACGGAAGUUGUGGCGUGUUGCUGCCGAAUUUUGAGUGUAAGGUGAGGGAAUUAUCUGGUAAAACGCGCAACGCAAUGGAACGGGGCGAAAUUUGUCUACGCGGCCCAGCUUGUUGUUUGGGAUAUUUCGGAAACGAAGGUGCUACGGAACAACUGAUCGAUUCUGAAGGGUGGCUUCAUACUGGCGAUGUUGGAUACUUUGACGAAGACGGCUACUACUUCAUUGUGGAUCGUAUAAAAGAUAUGAUCAAGAUCAAAGGCUUUCAAGUAUUUAACAUAAGUUUGCGAAAUGAACUGUUGCAUAUGAAACAUAUUGCAGACGCGAAACAGUUUCUUCCAGAUUUUACCGCUUUCAUACCAAGAUCAGAUAGAUGA